UCUUCUCCUUCCUUUUCCCUCUGCAUCUCUCUGUGCCACUAACAGAGUCUUAUUUUCUGAACUCAAAGACUUGAAGAUUUCUGUUCAUGAACUCUUCUUUUUCAUUCUUUGAUUGCUGCCAGCUAUUCAGGAAAUUAUUUGAGGGAUGCGGGGAAGCUGCUGUAGCUAUCUUCUGGUAAUCUGGUUUAUACAAUGAAGAAUUUUGGACACUGCUCAAAUGGUAAAAGGCAAAACGAAACAAUGAAACUUGUUGUCGCAGUUUCCAUUGGAGUAAUUUUUGGCCUCUUUAUUGGGUUCUCAUUUCCCGCACUCUAUUUAAACAAGGUAAAUGUCACAGCAAGUCUCAUUAACAACGUAGAUGAUAGUAGCAGCUUAACAGAAGAUCAAACCGUGAUGGAUCCUACAAAGAUAUGGGUUCCAUCAAACCCGAGAGGGGCAGAGAGAUUACCGCCAGAUAUCAUUGUCCCCGAGUCAGACUUAUACCUCCGAAGAUUAUGGGGUGAACCCAGCGAGGACUUAACAACGAAACCGAAGUAUUUACUAACACUCACAGUUGGUUAUAAACAGAAAGAUAGCUUAGAUGCUGUUGUGAAAAAGAAUACGAUCCUUGAACAGUUUUCAGACAAUUUUACCAUCCUGCUGUUUCACUACGAUGGCCAAACAACCGAAUGGGAUGAAUUCGAGUGGUCCAAGCGGGCUAUUCAUGUGAGUGCUCAUAAACAGACAAAGUGGUGGUAUGCCAAAAGGUUUCUGCAUCCCGAUAUUGUUGCCUCGUAUGAAUACAUAUUCAUCUGGGAUGAAGACCUAGGAGUUGAGCAUUUCGAUGCAGAGGAAUACAUAAAACUUGUGAAGAAACACGGGCUGGAGAUUUCGCAGCCCGGUUUGGAGCGAAAGAAUGGAGUUUGGUUGACGUGGGAGAUGACGAGGAGAAAAGCUAACAGUGAAGUUCACAAGGAAACCAACGAGAAACAAGGCUGGUGUUCUGAUCCUCAUUUGCCUCCAUGUGCAGCAUUUGUGGAGAUCAUGGCUCCCGUCUUCUCUCGAGACGCAUGGCGUUGUGUGUGGCAUAUGAUUCAGAAUGACUUGGUUCAUGGUUGGGGUCUUGACUUUGCCCUUAGAAGAUGCAUUGAGCCUGCUCACGAUAAAAUUGGAGUGGUUGAUGCUCAACCUGUUGUUCACCAAGGGAUUCCUUCACUCGGGAACGAGGGACCGGAAAAGGGUGGGAAGUACAAGUCGAGACUGGUGAAACAGAGAUGUAGAAGUGAAUGGCAAACAUUUCAAGAUAGGGUAGCUAAUGCAGAGAAGGCAUACUAUAAGGCAAAAGGAAUUCAAUUUCCAAUUAACUUCACAUCAUCAGCUCACUAGCUACCUUUCAUCAAAUAUACCAACUUAACACAAGCAUUGAUAUUUGGUAUUAUUGAAAGUAUACACAAUAUGACAAUAUUGUACGGAAUGAUGCAACUUAAAAAUUAACGAAAUAAUUUUAUUUUAUCUUA